GGCCCGAGGCGGAGCGGCCGCGGGUGCUGGGGUGGAGGUGCCGCGCUCGGCUCGAGGGGCUUCCCUGGGGCCGCUGGAGAUCCGCGGUCUGCCCGCGGAGCUUCGUCCCGGGCUGCCUCAAGCCUCGGCAUCUGCCCAGGGCAGCGGCUGCCCCACGGUGCAGCGGGCGGAGGAUGCUCAGGCUGGUGCCGGUUUGUCACUCACGAUGGUGCCGGUUUAUGGCUCCUGUUGUAAGCCCUUAAAGACAGGCGGUACGGGCGGCGGGAUGCUCUGGCUUCUCCUGUCGCAAAGAGCACGAAGUGCCCCGGCCGAAGGAAGGAGCCCUGAAUGGGUGCGCUCCGUGUUAAACAAGAGUACAAAACUGGGGCAAACAACUGAAGAUGUCAUGCUGUUUGGCUCAGGAGGUUCACCUUGCUAGAAGACAUGAGGAGAUACUGCCUCAGAGAUCAGAGCUGCUACAGCAGAUGGAGACUUAUCUAAGAGACAAAAAGACUAAAAAGACAUGGCAAACUCAAGCAGCUGAUGCAGCUCAUAAAAGGAAUGCAGCACUUUUAAAUGAUAUAGAAGCAGCAGAAAAAAGGCUGCAAGAAAGAACGUAUUUACUUCCACAUCCUGAUACUGUAAAGUUAGAAAUUCUCUAUUGGGCAUCAAUAAAAGAAUCUCUUCCCAAAUGGGAAGAGUUUCUUUUAGGAAGAGCAGAAGUUCCUAUUGGCUUUAAGAAAAUGAAAGCUACAAAGCAGAGCAUAAACUACCCUGAAGAAGAUUCACAAAAAUAAACAUUUUAGUUUCAUUCUGUUUUGUAAUUUAGCAUUUAAGCAGAGAAGAUCAUCCAGAUCGGGCAACAAAAUAUCAUGCCAUUAAACUGAAAUGUAAAUAAUUUAAAUGAAAAUUAAUUAUAUAGGAUAAUUUCAUUCCAUUGCUGCAUUGUGUACAAUUCCUUAUUUUUAUUCUGUACUAGAGAAGCAAUUCUCAAAUGGGCUUUUAGGCUCAAGAAUGAGAAACAUUGGUGUGUAGAUUUCCACCAAGGCAAUUGGGUUUUCAGCGUGACAAGAGUUUUUAUGUUAUUUUUAAUCCUCUGCUUCUACAUAUAAGUGCGAUAAGUAAAGACAGAUUCUUGCAUUAUCUUCACUUCAGUCAUCUGUGCUGCAUGCCUGCUCGUGGAUGAGGCAGAAAGGAAGUUAGCAGAAAAGGCAGACUGUGCUUCAGAGUAGCCUUGCUUUAGCACCAGGAAUCUGUGCAAGAACCUUCAUGAGAGCGGUUGUAGAAGGAGCAAACUUGAAUUUCUGCAUCUUGUUUUCCCUGGGUUUUUUGUCAUUGCCACUUUCAUCACUGAUACCCCUCACUCCAGGCAGCUUUUCCCAGCCCCCUUCUGCCUACAUUGCAUUUGUUGUCUAACGGGUGGGCAAACAAAUCUCUAGGGCUCUUUGCUACUCCUAGGCUGCUCUUAAUUCUAUUUUCUUUCUGCUGAUAUAAUCUACAAGUGAGAACUUUUUCUGAGGCAUGAAAAGUUUGAAAGAAGCAAACUGAAAGGUAACUGGCAGUGGCUGUCCAAGAACAAAGUGUAUACAGAAGUUGAAGAUAUAUUUUCCUUUUCAGCCACUGAACAGCUUCCCAAGUUCCUCCUACAGAGGUGCAGUAUCAGUGAGUUUUAAUUGUACUGAGCUAACUUGGUAUGAAAAAUUCACUGGUACAGAACUUCUAAAAGUAUCAGUUCAGUGGAAGAUCCUUUCUGGUGUGUGAUGUGGCCUGCAGAAAAUUUAUCUUUCCUGAGCAAAAGAAGCCAAGAAAAUAUUAAUUUCUUUUAUUGUUAAGAACCUGGACUUGAGUCAAUAUACUGUUAAAAUUUAAUCUCUUGCAACAACAUCAUUCCACCCCCAACCUGGAGGUAGUAGGAAAAAAAAGUACCUCUGGAAGUGUCUCAGGAUAUGAAAAUGUAAUGAUUGCAAAUAUUACUAGUCUACUAGUUAUCUGAGCUAUGCAUCUUCAUACUACAUAGAGACUCCACUAUUCAAAAAAUAUUAUAUCCCUAUGCAGCAUGAAGAAUCACUGGCACAAUAAAAUCAGAACUUUUGGUGCAAUAUAAAAUUGUUGUAUAUUUUCCACAGGAAUAUUAGGAGUUCAUUUUAAACUUUUUCUAUUGAAGUGUCCAUUAAACUGAUAACUUUUUACAGAAACUGCCAUCUUAGAAUUAUCCUGUUGAGUGGGUGUUGGUGUUUGUAACAAUAACGUUGUUUUCAUAAUAUGUGAUGGCAGAUUAGCACGCUUCUCUGCAGUGUUGUUAACAGUUGUAAUUAAGGAAUAAACAGUAAAGGGUGUCAGUCCGAUGACAAUUUCAUCUAUAGUGUCACAAUACAAAAUGUCACAAAAUAUUAGAACUGUUACAUAACUACAAAAAUAUCAAAUUAGGCUUUCAUCUUACAAGCUGAGAGCUUAAAAAAAACUUGGCAUAGAGACCAUUGCAAUUUUAUACCUACUCAGUGUUCUGUCACAAAGACAACUUGGUAAUAUUUUCUUCUGUAAACUCACAAUGUGAUUCUCAAUCUGAUUUAUGUGUAUGGAUCUUACAGUUGUAGAGCUCACAUUUAUAAAGAAAAUAAUUGGAACCAGUUGAGCACACAAGAAGGGAAAACCUAUUAUACAUGAUACUCAGAAGGAAGGGAUGGAUGAGCAGUUAGUUACUAACAAAGGGGACUCAUCCUAUUCUUUGUGUCCAAAGGGAAAUCACUUCAACAAAAAUCUGGGUCCCUAAGUACUUUAUACAUGCAAAUAAUCUGAGUCUUUAUCUCUUCCACCUCUGCCUAACCACUGGGACACAGUGCAGAUGCUCUGGAUCUCCUUGCCCUGGUGAUUUCCUCUGGAAGGAGAUCUGGGUGUGUGGACACUGAGUACAUGGCAGCUCCAUGCCUGAGAAUUUGGCAACAUGCAUGAAAGGCACCUGCAAGCAGGGUUAGAGUAGUUAUUGUGCUGCAGUUAGGUGCUCAUAUAGCAUACCUGAGAGUAAAAUGAAAUUCUCUUCAAAGAAGGAAUUUAAUUUUAUUUCCUGCAGCAUCACUUUAGAAGAAUAGGACAACAAGUUCAAGGAAAACUAUGUAGGAACAUGUCCAGGGAAAGAAAAACUAAAUUAAGAGAACCAUUUAAAGCAGGAAUCUGUGUAGGUAACUCUUCUCAGAGACAAGGGCCUUCAUAUUGGCCUGUGGUUUGAAACAAAUAAAUGCAAUUGCCUAUGACUGUGAAAUAGCACAGUAAUAAAGGGCAGGAGCAGGUGUCUGCUGAGUUGGGGCAUGCAGUGGCAAGGGAGUAUAAUUAUAUGAUAUCUCCUGUUUUACUUAGAUUUGUUGAGUUUCCUUUACCAUGGCUGGGCUAGCUUGAUACUUGCCUUUUUAUAUAUAGGGAUUUGAGAAAGCAAAUGUUAAAUUUUGGUGUGCUUUUAAAAAAUUUAAGAAUCCUUCUAAGUGAUUUGUACUGAUAUGAUUUAAUAUUGGUCUCCUAUGAGAUCUUGAAUGGGUAUUCUUCACCAAGUCAAGGCAGUCACUUCAAAUGUAUUGAUUCUAUGUAAUUAUACCCUAUCUUAUCCCAAGUUUAUAUAUAUAUAUAUAUAUUUAUUUUUAUAUAUAUAUAAUAUAGAAAUUAUAUCAUAUAUAUCUUCUGUAAUUUCCUACUCAUCAUGAGUAAAUUUUUUCUCAAAAAAACCAAACUCACCACACCCCCCCCCAAAAAACCCCAAACAAAUAAACAAAAAAAAAAAAAAAAAAAAGAAAACUUGUUACUCUAUAGGCUUGACUUGCUGCUUGUUCUUUUGUGUUACAAUAUAUGUAUACGUAAGGUGUGGUGGUCCUAGGGGCCUGUUGCUUCUUGUGCUUUUCUGAUAGGUGGGGACAGCAAAUGAGUAAAGAGCAGAGAGAAAACCCAAAGGUUUUCCUGUUUGUAAGUUAAUCUUGUAGUAUCUUGCAAGAAGAAGUAAUUAAUUAUACUUAUCUAGGUUAAUGCACAGAUGAGUAACCCCAGUACUAACCCAGGAGCACAGCCUGUUCACCCAUCUUGUCACCUCUACCAUCACAUUCCCAAGCUUUUUGCUUUCUCAGUUAUUCUGGCUGUGGGGGCAGGAGCAGAAGGCAAGGCAUGUUACUUUUCCCUAGCAUAAGAAAUUUCUUACUCUGCAGAAUCUUUCACAAGCCCAUUAAUUUACUUUGAGAGUAUAGUUGAAAUAGUAAGUUGGUUUAGAUGCAUAUCUGACACUAUAGUAUCCUCUUGAUUGUAUUUAUUCAGAGUCAUGUUUUCAUAGAAGUUAGGAGCUAAUUUUUAGGCUGAGCUUAUAGUUCUUAAUUUCUGUCUUUUUCAUUCACACAUAGAGCAGGUUGGGGAUGUAGAUGCUCAGUUUGAGCUUGCUGGUACUGAAAAAUAAGAAAACCAAAUUUUAAAUGGAAUGUACUUUUAGAGGUUAUGUCUGAAAGAAAACAUUAUUUACUCCAUAAUGGUAAUUUUCAUAAUAUUUUAAUACUUGUGUUCAGAUACAACUUGACCUUAAAUAUCACCCCAAAUGCAAGCUGUUUUAACAUAUUUGUAAUGCUAAGGUCUUCAUUACUGUGAUAUUCUGUUUGCUCAAGGAUUAUAAUCCAUGGAUAUACUGUGUUAUAGUUGAAAUAAAGCUUUGAUCAGUGUUUCAUUCCA